AAAAAAUUCGGGGAGAGACGGAGAGAGAGAGAGAGAGAGAGAGGCGUAAAAGUUGGCGAUCCGUUUGCUUAAAAAACACAGACGAAACCUUUUUCAUGCUCUUUAAAUUGCUCGUCCCCUCAAUCUUCUCCCUCUCUCUUUUUCUUUCAAGCUGUCUCUCUCUGUCGUUAAUAAAAGACAAAGAAAAGUCUCAAUUUCAAACAUCGUUUAACACGUUCACGCCAUACUCUCCGGAAUUGCUCUUUACCUUCGAUUCCCAAAUCACCGGAAAAAUAUAUAUAUAUAUAUAUAUAUAUCUGAGAAAGAGACAGAAUCAGAUUCAGGGAAGCAAAGAUUUGAAAGAUCAAGAUGGACGGUCUUCGUUUCAUGACUGGGUUACACGGCGUAACUUCCCAGAUCGCCGUCGCCGGCGGAGGCCUCGACAUCCGUACCGCCGCUUUGGGGAGAUCGACGGCGGCUGCAAAUGCGAUUUCGGUUGACAAACCGACAAUUUCGGGGGCGGCGCCGCCUCGGAGGACGGGGCGGUGGGGGUUUUCUUUCAAGCCCCCUCUCAGAUCUCUGUGGCCCGGAGGUGUGAAAAGGAACGACGCCAUUGCCCUCGACGACGCCGUUUUGGUGGAGGAGAAAGAGCAAGGUGCUGUUGUUGUUGGUGAUGAAGAGGUUGAGGCAAUGGAAGGGCAAAAUCAGAACUGGGUGUUGAAGAUUCUUCAUGUGAAGUCUGUGUGGAGAGAUAAAGGGAAUGAGGAGGAAUCUAGGGGAAAAAAGGAGCAAGAAAUUGGGGGUGUUGAUGAUGAUGAUGAUCAAAGAAGCGAAUGCUCUGGUGGUGCUGAAAAUGAUGAAGGGUGUGAUGUUUGUAGAGUUGAUGAUGAUAAUGACGAUAAAAUUGAAUUCGAUAGGGAUUCGUUUUCGAAGCUGCUUCGAAGGGUGUCGUUGUCUGAUGCGAGGCUAUAUGCUCGAAUGUCGUAUUUGGGGAACUUGGCUUAUUCCAUACCUCGGAUCAAGCCAGGAAACCUCCUGAAAUCUCAUGGACUGCGCUUUGUGACUUCAUCAUUGGAGAAGAAAGAACUGGCUAUGAAAGCUGAGAAAGAGAAGGGAACUGAAGGUCAAGAAGCAGAAGAAAUUUCAAAGGAGCCAGAAAAAGGGGAGGAAGAGAAGAAUAAGGGGAGUCGAAUAAGUGCAUCUGCCGCUUAUCAAAUUGCUGCAUCAGCUGCUUCUUAUCUUCAUUCUCAGACAAAGAGCUUUCUUCCUUUUAAGUCCUCUAAAUCUGAGGCAUGUGAAACUUCAACUGAAGGAAGCAAUGGAAUUAAUGACAAUGUCUGUAUGAUGGACAAUGAGAUGGCCUCUUUCAUGGCAACCACUGACUCUGUGACAGCUGUGGUUGCCGCGAAGGAGGAAGUGAAACAGGCCGUUGCAGAUGAUUUGAACUCAACACGUUCAUCACCAUGUGAAUGGUUUAUUUGUGAUGAUGAUCUCAGUAGGACACGACUCUUCGUUAUUCAGGGAUCUGAGUCACUUGCAUCGUGGCAAGCCAAUCUGCUAUUUGAGCCCAUUCAAUUUGAGGGUCUUGAUGUUAUUGUGCAUCGAGGUAUAUAUGAGGCUGCUAAGGGAUUGUAUGAACAAAUGUUGCCUGAAGUGCGUGACCACCUUAAAUCUCAUGGUGAUCAUGCUACCUUCCGUUUCACGGGGCAUUCUUUAGGUGGAAGCUUAUCCACGCUUAUAAAUCUCAUGUUGCUUAUAAGAGGUGAAGUCCCGCCUUCUUUGUUACUUCCCGUAAUAACUUUUGGUGCACCAUCAAUCAUGUGUGGUGGGGAUCGGCUGCUUCAGCAGCUUGGAUUGCCACGGAGUCAUAUUCAGGCAGUCACAAUGCAUCGAGACAUUGUGCCCCGUGCUUUCUCUUGCAAUUAUCCUAAUCACGUGGCAGAGCUUCUUAAGGCUGUCAAUGGAAACUUCCGGAAUCAUCCUUGUCUUAAUAACCAGAGGCUAUUGUAUGCUCCAAUGGGUGAGUUUCUUAUUCUUCAACCGGAUGAGAAGUUUUCUCCGCACCAUGAUCUCCUUCCUUCAGGCAGUGGUCUUUAUAUAUUGAGCUGUCCAGUAUCAGAUGCUAAGGAGGCACAGAAGCAACUCCGGGCUGCUCAGGCCAUGUUCUUGAAUUCACCUCACCCACUUGAGAUCCUAAGUGACCGCUCUGCAUAUGGGUCUGAGGGAACCAUUCAAAGAGACCAUGACAUGAAUUCUUACUGGAAAUCUGUUCGGAGUGUGAUCCGCCAAGAGCUCAACCGCAUCAGAAGGGCAAAGCGUGAACACCGCCGCAGAGUUUGGUGGCCGCUCGUAGCACUGCACGGCAUUAAAGCCGGCAUCAUCAUGGGGAGUCCGAUGUCAAGCAAUAACAUGGGCGGUCGAGGUCAAUUCAACUUUUCUGGGAUGGUACAAACUGGGAGAGACUCUUUGAGAAGGUUCAGUAGGCUUGUUGCAUCACAGCAUAUGCAUUUGCUUGUAGUGCUCUUGUUUCCUGCAAGGUUGUUGCUCCUGGGGACAUACAGUGAUCAGUUUUAAUUGAAUUGAAUGGGUCAAAUUUGGGUGGACAACUCACAUUUGAUGUUUUUCGUGUUGAUGUUGUGGGUGGAAAUAUUGUAUUGGUGGAGAGAGAGGCGUGUGGGUGGCAGAUAAGGGGUAGAUGAUUCUUUAUUCAUCGGUUAGAAUGGGGUAAAUCUCAAAAUUGCAUGUAGAAAAACAUUUGAAUGUCAAUGAAAUACAAGGUUUGCAAGCCAACAAUUUUACAAUUUUUAUUUUAGAAGUGAGUUGAGUUUCAAUUUUAAAAUUUUAUCAA